UCAAAAGUUCUUCACAAACCACCAGCCAUGAGAGCUGUUGUGCUUGCCUUGACUGUAGCCCUUGUGGCAUGUCAACAGUUCAACCUUGUUCCUGAGUUCGCCCAUGAUAAGACCUAUGUGUACAAGUAUGAGGCUCUGCUUUUGGGAGGUCUUCCUCAAGAAGGUCUCGCCAGAGCAGGUAUUAAAGUCAGCAGCAAGGUUCUCAUCAGUGCCAUGACAGAGAACACCUACCUGAUGAAGCUUAUGGAUCCUCUACUCUACGAGUAUGCUGGCACUUGGCCCAAGGAUCCAUUUGUUCCUGCUACUAAGCUCACCUCAGCACUGGCUGCUCAGCUUCAGAUCCCCAUCAAGUUUGAGUAUGCUAAUGGUGUGGUUGGCAAGGUUUUCGCCCCAGCAGGAGUCUCUCCUACAGUCAUGAACUUGCACAGAGGUAUCCUCAACAUCCUUCAGCUCAACCUCAAGAAAACCCAAAACAUCUACGAGAUGCAAGAGGCUGGAGCUCAGGGAGUGUGCAGGACGCACUAUGUCAUCAAUGAGGAUCCAAAGGCCAACCACAUUAUUGUGACCAAGUCUAAAGAUCUGAGCCACUGCCAGGAGAGAAUCAUGAAGGAUGUUGGCUUGGCAUACACUGAGAGGUGUGCUGAAUGCACAGAGAGAAUCAAGAGUCUGAUUGAAACUGCAACUUAUAACUACAUCAUGAAACCAGCUGACAAUGGUGCACUGAUUGCUGAGGCAACAGUUGAGGAAGUGUAUCAGUUCUCACCCUUCAAUGAGAUCCAUGGUGCUGCAAUGAUGGAAGCAAAACAAACCUUGGCUUUUGUUGAGAUUGAGAAGACCCCCGUCGUUCCAAUCAAAGCUGAUUACAUGCCCCGUGGAUCCCUGCAGUAUGAGUUUGCCACUGAGAUUCUUCAGACCCCCAUUCAACUCAUGAAGAUCAGUGAUGCACCUGCCCAGAUUGUCGAGGUCCUGAAGCACUUGGUUGCAAACAAUAAAGACAUGGUCCAUGAUGAUGCUCCACUUAAGUUUGUUCAGCUUGUCCAGCUCUUGCGUGUUGCCACCUUGGAGAAAAUUGAGGCUAUCUGGUCUCAGUUCAAGGACAAACCAGUUUACAGGCGCUGGCUUCUGGAUGCUCUUCCUGCUGUUGGUACACCAGUCAUUAUAAAAUUCAUCAAGGAGAAGUUCCUGGCUGGUGAAUUUACCACUCCCGAGUUCAUUCAGACUCUUGUGAUUGCUCUGCAAAUGGUCACUGCUGAUCCUGAAACCAUUAAAAUGACAGCUAGUUUGGCUACACAUGAGAAAUUUGCCACAAUCCCAGCUCUGCGUGAAGUUGUCAUGCUUGGAUAUGGUUCCCUGAUUGCCAAGUACUGUGUUGCAGUUCCCACCUGCCCUGCUGAGCUCCUCAGGCCCAUCCAUGAGAUUGCCACAGAGGCCAUUUCUAAGAAUGACAUUCCUGAAAUCACUUUGGCUCUGAAAGUUAUGGGCAAUGCUGGUCACCCUUCAAGUCUUAAACCCAUCAUGAAGCUCCUACCUGGACUGAGAACUGCAGCUAAUGCUCUGCCCAUUAGAGUCCAGGUUGAUGCCAUCUUGGCCCUGAGGAACAUUGCCAAGAAAGAGCCCAAACUGGUUCAGCCUGUUGCCCUCCAGCUUGUUUUGGACAGGGCUCUCCACCCAGAGGUGCGCAUGGUUGCUUGUAUUGUGCUGUUUGAGGCUGAGCCUUCAGUGGCACUUGUCUCUAGUCUUGCUGGAGCUUUGAGGAUUGAGCCAAACAUGCAUGUUGCAAGCUUUGCCUAUUCCCACAUCAAGUCCUUGACCAGAAUCACUGCUCCUGAUAUGGCAUCUGUUGCUGGUGCAGCUAAUGUUGCCAUAAAACUUAUGAACCGCAAGCUGGACAGACUUAACUACCGUUACAGCAGAGCUUUUCAGAUGGACUAUUAUUAUACUCCUCUUAUGAUUGGAGCUGCUGGUAGUGCCUAUAUGAUUAAUGAUGCUGCCACCAUCCUGCCCAGAGCUAUUGUUGCUAAAGCUCGUGCUUACCUGGCUGGAGCUGCUGCUGAUGUUAUUGAGUUUGGUGUGAGAACUGGAGGAAUCCAUGAGGCUCUUCUAAAGUCUCCUGCUGCAGAUGAAAGUGCUGACCGUAUCACAAAAAUUAAGCGAACACUGAGAGCACUCACAAACUGGAAGGCCUUGCCAACCGAUAAACCACUUGCAUCAUUGCAUCUCAAAGUAUUUGGACAAGAAGUGGCUUAUGUCAACUUGGACAAGACCAUCAUUGAAGAAGCAAUACCGAUGGUUACUGGACCCAAACCACGUGCACUGCUGAAGGAGGCUCUUAAAGCUUUGCAGGAAGGAAUUGCAUUCCAGUAUGCCAAACCACUGCUUGCAGCUGAAGUGCGUCGUAUCCUGCCAACUGCAGUUGGUGUGCCCAUGGAGUUCAGUUGGUACACUGCUGCAGUUGCUGCUGCAAGUGUCAAUGUUCAGGCCACCAUUACACCUGCUCUCCCUGAGAAAUUGGAGUCCAUGACUCUUGAGCAACUGAAGAAGACUGAUGUUCAGUUUGAAGCUGAAGCUAGACCAAGCGUUGCUCUCCAGACAUUUGCUGUGAUGGGAGUUAACACUGCCUUCAUCCAAGCUGCUGUUAUGGCAAGAGGAAAGAUUCGAACAAUUGCACCUGGAAAAGUGGCAGCAAGAGCAGACAUUCUCAAGGGCAACUACAAGGUGGAGGCUCUGCCUGUUGAACUUCCUGAACACAUUGCUUCUGCAAGCUUUGAGACUCUUGCCGUGGUCAGAAACAUUGAAGAUCACAGUGCUGAAAGGUCUGUUCCCAUGGUACCUGAAUUGUCUCUGCAAAACUCCCAGGCAUCUUAUGCUGGUGAUUUGUCAUCUGAGAUGUCACCUGAUGCUUCAGUGAGAGCUCCUGCUCCAUUUGACAGGACCCUCUGUUAUGCUGUCCCAUACAUUGAAAUCAAGGGAUGUGUUGAGGUGCACUCUCACAAUGCUGCUUUUAUCAGAAAUUCGACUCUUUUCUACAUAAUUGGACACCACUCAGUCCGUGCUGCAGUGGCAAGAGCUGAAGGUCCUGCAGUUGAAAGACUGGAGUUUGAAGUUCAAGUUGGUCCUAGAGCUGCUGAGAGGCUUGUUAAGCAAAUCAACAUCAUUGAUGACGAGAGUCCUGAAGGACAGGCUUUCUUGUUGAAACUGAGGGAAAUCCUGGACACUGAAGCUAAAAAUGCACCUGUUUCUUCUGAAAGCAGCAGCAGUCGCAACAGUCGCAGCAGCAGCAGUAGCCGCAGCACUAGCAGUAGCUCAAGUUCUAGUUCAAGCUCAAGCUCCUCCAUGUCUAGCUCUCGUAUGUCUAAGACUGCCACCAUCAUUGAGCCUUUCAGGAAAUUCCACAAAGAUCGGUACUUGGCACACCAUAGUGCCACAAAGGAUACUAGCAGUGGAAGUGCUGCAGCUAGCUUUGAGCAAAUGCAGAAACAGAAGAGAUUCCUCGGAAAUGAUAUUCCACCUGUUUUUGCUAUCAUCGCCCGUGCUGUUAGAGCUGACCAGAAGCUUCUGGGCUACCAAUUGGCUGCUUACUUUGACAAACCAACUGCAAGAGUGCAACUUAUAGUUUCCUCCAUUGCUGAAAAUGACAACAUGAAGAUCUGUGCCGAUGGUGCUCUGCUGAGCAAGCACAAAGUCACUGGCAAGUUUUCUUGGGGUGCGGAGUGCAAACAGUAUGCAGUCUAUGCUAAAGCUGAAGCUGGUGUCCUGGGUGAAUGCCCUGCUGCACGUCUAGAAGUGGAAUGGGAGAGACUGCCAAUAAUUGUCACCACCUAUGCCAAAAAGCUGGGUAAACACAUUCUUACAGCAGCUUACGACAUAGGAUUCAGGUUUGAACGAGCAACAAACAGUGAGAAAGAGAUUGAACUGACUGCAGCCUUGCCAUCUCAGAGGUCCUUGAAUGUCAUUGCUAGGAUUCCAGAGAUCACAAUGUCAAAAAGGGAUAUUCAUCUUCCCGUCGCUGUUCCCAUCAAUCCAGACGGAACUUUGUCCAUUGAUACCUAUGAGGACUUGCUCGCCUGGAUCCAGAAAUAUAUCAAGGAAGAAUAAGAAAUGAAUAACAUUCUACAUUUCCACAAGAAAAUAUGCCCUGUGUUUAUGUGGAAUUCUGACAUUUUAAUUGGACCACUGCUGUACUGCAAUUAACAAUAAUAAAUAUUCUGCAAGUUAA